GUGGUGGGACGCUACUCGUUACCAUGGGUGACGGUUUCCAGAGCUUCCUAUGUUUAUUUUGAAGAAAUUAGUUUUACAUUAAAGCCUUUGAUAGUGCAUUGAAGUAAUCUUUUCAUCCACUUUAAAAUGAAUAUUUCUACAAAAACCGGUCUGAUUGCAAGCCCUCGGAAACACAUAGUCCGUCAGAAGAAAGAGUUUGAUCCAGCUGUGCUGGCGCCAUGCGCCAUUACGCGUCAAGUACCGCUGGCGAUUCGUCCUUUCGGUGGUCUCUACAAUCCGUACUCCAAAGGCUGUUCGGUCCUGUGCAAUCAUCCGGCGGCCCAAGAAGUGAAGAAUGUUGUUCGCCAGGCCAAAGACGCCUGGAUCACUGAGGCCCGAAUAGUGCACGGGGAAAAACUGAUGCGAGGUAAAAGCGAAUCCAAGCGGGUUAUGUCGAAAGAUUCAGAUUUGCCCGAACACGUACCCGAAGAAUUCUUUCGACGGUACACGGAUACGGAUUCGAGACCACUAACUCCGACUCCAACGGUGGCUAGUGGGAGGACUCGGGCCAGCGUAGGCGGAUCACACCUGACCCGACGAUGCGUAACACCGGAACCUCAGACGCAGAACCUGCAGGAACGGAAGCAGCUGAUCCUGGACCUGCGUCGUAGUCACAGCCAAGAGACUCUGUACUGGAAUGCUUCAUCGGAAUUAUCACCCAGCCAAUUGCAAGAUCCUUCCUGGAUGCAGCAUCACAGUCAGAUACCUCAGACGGUCGAUGAAGAACGGGUUAUGGGCGAGGCUGAAGCUGAGUCGGACAAGGAGGAAAAACCCUCGCUACCUCCGAUGACUUGUAUCAACGCCAUGGAAGACGGUGAAGAAGAUCCCCCGCGUAGACGAGGCAAACGGAGGAAGAAGUCAAAGCAAUUGACCCAAACGAUCAGCUUCACGCCCAAUCAAGACCCCGAGACACAGGUCGCUACGAUCGAUCCGGACUCCCCGAACUACUCGGCACGACCUUCACUGGUUCCGAAUGGGCGUAGUUUGUUGAGUUCUGCUGAAUCACCUCCGAGGGUUAGCGUUCAGGAAUCAAUUGAACACGUGGAAUCCUUUCUGGAUGAUGAAGCUUUACUGCUCCUUAGACGAGGGUUGAACAUCGACGUAGUGGAGUCCAUUUUCGAGCGAUACAAAUCCCGUGCCAUGAGGGAAGCUUUUCGAACGGCUACCACCGAUAAACUGAACUUUCAAACCAAAGCGGUUCAACAGCUGGAGGAAACGAUGGAAAUAGCCGACAUCGAUCACGAACAGUGGAUCGAUCUACCGAGAAAGUUUUCCCGCGCUUCUGCACGUUUCGAGCUUCCCAUGGACACCCGAACUUUAUCGACAAUGACCCCCAUCGAGUACCUGAAGCGCAACGUGGUACUGAGCGACGAUCGGAAGCAGCUGUUUCAUCGGAUCUUCGUGCGAAAUCUACCGCGGGAGGAUGUGUUGAAGACAAGCGCCCAGGACGACAACGACUCGAUACCGGAGCAGGAAACGCCGGUGCACACCAAGGAAAGUUUCCGCAAUUUGCUGGCUGAUGUGACACGUGUCAUUCCGAUUAGUGCUUUCGACAAGGCGAUGCAUGAGGUGCUGGGGUUUCAUGGUACUCCGCAGAAGAUCUUUGAGGUGCGGGAGCUGCUAGAGCUGAACUACGACUACUAUCAGGAGAUACCGAUCGAUUUCCGAACCUGGUGUGGGAUUGUGGCGUUUGCUGAGCGAUAUAUAAUUACACAGGAUCGAGAGACGGAUCCGUGUAAUGAGCUUGAAAUGGUUGACUUUGAGUCAUUGGAAAGGAGAAUUCGUUCAUCCAAACCAUCGGAAAACUUAUGUAAGGUUUUGCAUAUAAUAAAAAGUAAUUGA